AUGGCCGACCCUUUCCCGCCCGUACGUAUUGCCGCCAUUCUUGCAAUGUCUGCGACGCAGCAGUUCUAUUCGUCGGACAAGAUAGCUAAGGUGGUGUUGCCGCUGCUGUGCUGCCGUACGGUGGAUCCCGAGAAGCAGAUACGAGAGCAUGCGUUCAGGGCGAUCAAAGGCUACUUGGAAAAACUGGAAAAGUUCUCACAAAACCCGGAAUUAGCGAAACAGGCAGGUAAAUCGUUUAGUCGAGAAUGGGCAACAAAAGAUUGUUUUCACGCCUUAGGCAGAGUUCACAAAUCCUCAAAAUCAUAUUUUUAA